AUGGUGAGCUCCGCGUCCGCGGCUAAGGAACUCCGAGACCUCUCCUUCAGCGACGAGGCCAAGGACAUGACGGCGUUUGCUAGCAUCUUGGACUUCGUCAAAGACCUUCUGGCCAGGAGCCAGUCGCAAAGGCAGCGCCUGCCUCCCGCCGAAAACAUCAACUUCACCAGUGAUGUCCUUGGGACGCUGGACAGGAUCGCCCACAACACUCGUUCGCUCUCCUGGAGGGAGGACAGUAACCAGUCGCCCGUGUCCGCUUACCUUCCCGGUUUCGAUGUCCAGAGGAAGAAGCACAGGAUUGCCAGCGAGAUCAUGCGCGAGACGGAGAUGGUUGCUGAACAGCUGAGCUGCUUCUGGGCUUCCUCGUCCAUGGACUCGGACAACGGCACCGCCGAGAACCGAACAGGCGUCUUCAUUCGGAAAGAGAACAUCGAACUGAAGACCUACUGGUUUCCGUUCAGCGGUACAGAGGUGUGCUUUCCUGACUGCGAUGACGGCACUGAAACGGCGAUAAGAAUAGAAGGUGGUGCAGUUUCCCUGGAGGGGUUACCCCAAGUUUGCGGAGAUUCAGCGUACGUGGGCUUUGGGACGAUCUUCCGAAACUUUGGCGACCUUCUGCAUCCGACAACAGCCGUCCUGCCCAAGUCUCAGCAAGAACCGCCCGGCAAUUUCGUGGUGAAUUCAGCCCUGGUUGGGUUUUCCUUCGGCCGGCAAAACAGCUCGCUUCUGUUCGAAAAGAACAUUGUGACCGCCACGCUAUCCCACUCGGACGGUCAACUCCGCGGACGGGUCAUCUGUGCCUUCUGGAACUUCUCAAGGAAUAAUGGCACCGGUGGAUGGGACGACGGAGGCUGCGAGGUCGACUACUGGGCCUCCGAUUUCCAGAAGACCACGUGCCGAUGCAACCACCUCACCAACUUUGCCGUCCUCCUGGACAGGACUGGGCAGAUGGAAGACAGUAUUCCCCUCAAGGUCCUCACCAUAGUUUGCUCCGUCCUGUCCAUCAUUGCCCUUAUGCUUACCAUGGCCUGCCUUCUUUGUCUCAGGAACCUUCACUGCCGAAGGAGCACCAUUGCCUGCAACACUUGCUUCUGCCUCCUCGUAUCAAACCUAAUCAUGAUGAUGGGCUUCGAGCAGACGUAUUCACACAGCGUCGCUUGCAUGGUGACAAGGAGUAUUCUCUUGUGUGUCUUGCUCUCUGCUUUCAUGUGGAUGCUGCUGGAAGGCUACCACUUGUACCGGAUGCUCGUUGUCGUCUUCAACAACAACCAAAUUCCGGUGUCGUGGUUCUACGCCGUUGGCUACGGGAUUCCAUUGGCUAUUACUACAGUGGCAACGCCUCUGACCAGCAGUAACUUCAGACCUAACUUCUGCUGGUUUGUUGGUGAAGAUAUAUUCUACUUCUGUGGACCAAUGAUUGUUGUCAUCAGUGUAAAUAGUGUUCUACUGGUGAUCGCUCUGAUUUCGGCGUCGAAGGUGAAGAUAAAAGCCCAGCAACGCUCCCCCGACAAAAUUGGGUCAUGGUUGAAGGGAUCGGCUUCCUUGAUGUUCCUGCUUGGUAUCACGUGGGUUCUUGGACUUCCCCUGUUGGCCGGCAACGUGAUACCUUACAUCGGCUACGUCUUCACUGCAGUAAAUGGUUCGCAGGGGGUGGCCAUGUUUGCCUUUCACAUCGCCUGCAACGACAAAGCCCGAACGACGCUCAUCAAGAUGUUCAAAAAGAAAACACGUGGCACGGCUUUCGGCAAGACCGGCGGUGGUCAGGACAAACGUGGCAAGAAGGCCAUCUUGGGUGGAAGCAUCGGCAGUCAGUCGUCCACCAAGAGCACGCAGCUGAACAGCACCGACUCCCUGGAGAAGCCUUGGGCUGGCCCCUCGGGCGGACCCAGCUUCUAACUGGGAAUGCGCCUCCCAGUGUUCUCAGUAUACACGAUGAACUUGAUUUACGAAAAAUGCCUGUGUGAAAGA